CGCCCGGCCCAUGGUGCUGCCCCCCUGCCCCAUGGCGGAGUUCGUGGUGCCGCGGCACAGCGCGGUGAUGGAACGGCUCCGCCGGCGCAUCGAGCUCUGCCGGCGGCACCACAGCGCCUGCGAGUCCCGCUACCAGGCCGUGUCCCCGGAGCGCCUGGAGCUGGAGCGCCAGCAAACCUUCGCCCUGCACCAGCGCUGCCUGCAGGCCAAGGCCAAGCGGGCCGGCAAACACCGGCAGCCGCCCCCGGCGCCGCCGCCGCCCGCGCCCCCUCCGCCCGCCGCCGCCGCGGGGAGCGCCGAGAGGAGCGGAGCCAACGGGCUGGACGGCGAGGCGGCGAGCGGGGAGCAGCAGCACGGCCGCAGCAGCGCCCUGAUCGCGCAGCUCCAUGAGACUGUGAAAAGAAAGCUUGAUAGUGCUGCUUCCCCUCAGAAUGGAGACCAGCAGAAUGGCUUUGGUGAUGUGUUCUCUGUGUCCAAGAAACUGCGUCGUGAGGAUGGUCUGGGAGUGAGUGGUUCUUCCAAUGGAAUGCCCCCUGUGUCUCCACUCCAUCAUCUGGACAAGAAAUCUGGUACUGGUGAUACCUUACAACUUAAUGGGAAGCAUCCAAUGGGGCUCGAUGGCAUCAGCAAGAAGUGUCUUCCAGAUUCCAGCCUGCAGCUGAAUGGAGGUGGUGAUGCUGAUGAUUCAUUUCCUCUGAGUUUGAACAAAGAGCUGAAGCAGGAGCCUGUAGAUGAGCUUCCCUGUAUGAAUCCUGUAGCAGGGGGUUCUAUAUCUCAGAAUAACCUGAUGCCUGAUCUUAACCUAAAUGAGCAAGAAUGGAAGGAACUUAUUGAGGAGCUCAAUAGAUCAGUGCCCGAUGAAGACAUGAAGGAUCUCUUUAAUGAUGACUUUGAAGACAAAAAAGAUGCAGAUUCUUCAAAUUCAGCUGCACAGACUCCAUUACCACAAGAUAUUAACAUAAAGACUGAGUUUUCCCCAGCACCCUUUGAACAAGAGCAGCUGGGAUCUCCCCAGGUUAGACCAACUUCUUCAGGUUCAGCAUUUAUUGGUGCUGCUUCUGUACCUGUAAGUGCCGCUUCUACAACGGUUGUUACUUCUCAGGCUAUGUUCCAGCCUUCCAGUCAGUCAAUGACUGAAAAUCCUAAUCAGCCCAUGAUGCAGGCAUCAAACCACUCUCAGAACAUCCAGAGGCCUGUAUUGUUACCUGGGAAGUGUGCAGGAAGUGCCAAAGAAAUGUCUUCUGCUCAUCAACUUCAGCAGAUUGCAGCCAAGCAGAAGAGAGAUCAGAUGUUGCAGAACCAGCAACAAGCUUCACAGGUCCACCAAGCAAAUCAGAUGUCAACGUGGCAACAGCCUGGGCCUUCCCAUAGUCCACUGGCUGUCCCAUAUACCAUGGAAAAUCCUACUAGCCCGUCGGUUUAUCAGCCAGACUUCAACAAUCAGAAACUCAUGAUGCCUAGUUUGGGAAAUAAGAGCUCACCAAGAGCUGGAGGCAAUUAUCAUGUGAACAUUUUGGGCCAUCAGCAAAACAGCUUGAACCAGAACCCUGUGAACAGUCAAAGCUCUAUGCUGGACUAUGGGAACACCAAACCUCUUUCCCAUUACAAAGCAGAGUGUGAGCAGGGGGUGGCAGUGCCUGGGCAGAACAAGGCUCCCAUGCUGGCAUACAUCCAGCAGCGCCAGCAGCCACCACUGUCCCAUGUAGGUGACGACCAAAAUGGGAUGAUCCUGCUGAAACCCAAGCCUGGAAACAUGGCCUACCGACUGCCACAUGGUCAGGAUCAGAACCCUGCUCCUGCUGUUCCUCGUGUUCCUGUUUCUGUCCCGGGCCCUGGGGUGGGUGCCCAGGCUCCAAAUGUCACCAUGGCAGGUAACCACAGCAGCUCAGCUUAUCAGCAGCAAGCAGCAGUGAUGAAGCAACACCAAAUGCUGAUGGACCAGCAGAAGCAGAGAGAGCAGCAACAGAAGCAUCUGCUCAUGGAGCAGCAGAAGCAGCAAUUCCUGAUGGAACAGAGGCAGCAGCAUUUGCUGGCAGAACAGGAGAAGCAGCGGCAGCAGCAGGAGCAGCAGCUGCAGCGGCACCUGACGCGGCCCCCGCCCCAGUACCAGGAUCAGGCACAGAACCCCUACCAGCAGCAGGUUGGACAGUUCACAGGGUCAUCUUCAGCCAUGCCUGGGGUCAGUAAUUUGGGACAGUCCAGCUCCGGCAGCCCUCGGCUGUUUCCUCAGAGCCAGAACAUGAUUCAGAUGGGACCUGGACACGCUCCUGUUGCUCCACUGCAGUCGGGCUCCAGCCAGCAGGAGCGGGGGGUGUCUCAGUACCCCGGCAUGCAGAACAUGCAGCGUGGGGGGUUGUACAACCUGGCACCUGGCAUGAGCCAGAUGGUUCCCCAGCACACGGCCCCGAGUGCCAACGGACAGACCCCCAUGCAGAGACAGGGCAGCUUGGGCCAGGGCGCUGCCGUUCCCGCUGCCUACGGGCAGAACACCUUACCAAACUCAAAUAUUUCUCAGCAGCACAAUAAAGGUGCACUGAAUGCUACCUUAUCUAAGCCACAGAUGGCAAGAGUACCAGCUGCUAUGGGGGCUCAAAAUCCAUCUUGGCAACACCAAGGUAUCCCUAAUAUUAACAACCAGACACAAGCAAACAGUGGCUUAGGACCAUUUACUGCCAACUCCUCUUUCCACAUGCAGCAGACACAUCUAAAGAUGUCCAACCAGCAGUUUGCCCAGGGAAUGCCUCAGGUAAGCCUAAGCACCAGCAGGCCCAUGACCUCGAUGAACGCUGCCGUCUCUGGGCAGAUGCUGUCGUCCUCUUUGGGAGCGCAGCCGCGGACAAAUGCGCCCGCGCAGCAGCAGGUACCCUCACAGCAAGUCCUGCCUGGCAUCAACCAGACUGUUCCAGACCUGAAUGCUUUCAACCAGAACCCAAAUCAGCAAAUUCCCAACAGAGGAAACCUGCACUGUAGCCAAGGGUACCCUGUGAGGACGACCAGUCAGGAGCUGCCUUUCGCCUACAGCGGCCAGUCAGGCAAUAAUGGACUUCAGAACUUAACUGGUGACACAGAUCUGAUAGACUCUUUGCUGAAAAACAGGACUUCAGAGGAGUGGAUGAACGAUUUGGAUGAGUUGUUAGGAACUCAUUAAAAUGGGGCCGGGGGCGGGGGUUCAACUUUUUUUUUAAUUAUUUCAUGAGAUAUAAACAACUCUUGGACCAAAAAACCUGUGGCAUUGAGGAGACUUGCAGGCAUUAGAGGUAAAUGGUUGGGAAAAAGACUGGAGCUGCUUCUCACUGAGCAUUGACUCGUGGUCACGGCGCACCAAGCAGGUCUGCAGGAGGAGUGCGCUUUGGCCGCGGUCUCUGAGGAGUCGCACACUUGAACAGGUCAAAAAAUGCUGUGUCCUGGCCAGCCUUCCAGAAAUCUCACUUGCAGUGUUCUAAAACUAAAUAUAUUAAUUAUUUAAAAACAAAACAAAAAUUCCACAGAACUAGUGCAGAAAGAACGCAAAUAGUUGCACAAAUUGUGUGUAGGGCUUAGUCUGCAGCUAUUACUUGCAAUAAUUAUUUGUUCAUAGCUUGACAUGCUGUUAUAGUACUGUCCAUCAAACUUCUGAUUUUUGUUUGAGAAGAGGCUGUAUGCACCUGAGUAUGCUUGCAAAAUGUUUGGAAUUGUUUCUUUUCCCCAUUGCUGAAGCAUGUGCCUGUACUCUCAGUAAGCAAGUGAUACUUCACAGUAAAUAUUUCUAGAUGCUGGUAAUAGAUGAGAAAAAGUAUUAAAACCUGGCCAGUUAGUCUAGAUAGUCAUCUUCAUAGAUUGUAGUCUUUUAAGCUGCAGUUUGCACUCUGUUGUAGAGAGGCACAGUUCUUGGCUUGUACCUUGCUGUGUUUAAAGGGGGAAUUUCUUAUGGGAGAACUUUUAAACUAUAGUAGGUUUAACAUGAAUUGUAAAGCCAUUUACUUUGCACCUGUUUCUUCAUAACUUAUUUCCAAAGGUAGUUGUAUUUAAAUGAAGGCUUUGCUUCAUGACAGCUCAUCUAGUUUUCUUUGUUGUAAAAAGUAAAACUAACCUUUGAGAACAGUUCAUCCCCCGGAAUUCGCAAUGAGCACAAGACUUUGUCACUUCAGGAUAAAAAUGAGGAAAAAAGAAGUUGGUUGGGAGGUGGAAAGUCCUUAUUAGCAAUAAUAGCACAGGCAGCCUGGGAGAAUACUUGUGUCAGGGCUGCUCCAAUGUGGAAGUCUCCCCCUUUAAAUGCUUUGUUUUUUUUAAUACUGGCUUACAAGUUUGAUAAUCUUUCUAUAGACUGGUGGAUUUACUAUUUUAAUAUCCCUUGAAGCAGAUGCUGUUCUUCAGCUCAGCCCAAGGAGACCUCUUAUCCAUAUGUUGGGGUUGGUCCCAGAAAGGACAAAAACCACAAUGGGAACAGUCAAUGUUCCAAAGUCCUUACUCUCUACCAAAAAAAUCUUUUAUCCACCAACAAACCACCUUGCCUUAACGUUUAUUUUAAAAUGAAAAUAAAGUUGAAAGCUUUUGUUUUAAAUGCACAAAUACCUCUUCCCUUUCUAAAUCCAGUUUCUUGGAAAACUCCUCUAAACUUUCUAACCAAACCCAGCAUUGUGAUUUAAAAGCAAUUUCCUUCAACACAGACUGGCUUCACCAGGAGUUUUCUGCAUUGCAGAAUUGUGAGAGAGGGUUUUUUCCAGAGGGGGUGAAGGGAAGGUAAAGAUAUCAUUGGUUUCAAAGAAGGAAAAUAUUUUACUGUAUCUGCAGCUCCUUUAUGAGACAAUUUGCACUUUUGAAAACUGCUUUUUUAACACUAAUACUUUAACCCUUUCCAAAUAUGCAUGGAACAUGGUUUGUCCAGCACACUUAGCUAGUGUGGAUGAAUUCCACUCUGUUGAUCAGAUUUGCUAUUUUAUCAUGUUGAACUGUUGAUGAAAGAUGUACAUUGAUCAGUGGAUCCCACCUUUGAACAGUGAAUAAAACUUCACUGAAGCAGGCUUAAUCCCUCAUAGAGCUUUUGAAAAGAUAACAGAAAGAUUGUCUUUGGAUGGGAAGAUAAAGAUGUUGGUGACUGUG